AUGCCGACGCCCGAUCUCAAAGACUUUCGCGCACAAUUGGAAACCCCAGACACUGAGCGCCCUACACCCCAGGCUCCAGCUCAGGGAACAGCCACGGGUCAUGUACCCGUGCAGGCUGCCGCCCAAGCUCCUGCCCAGACUCCCGCUCUUGUCACGCCCGAGCCCCAACAGCAUCAGAGAUCUAGUUCCGCAGACACUGACAUGGAGGAGGAUGAGGAGGAUCUCAGUCACAACGAGAAAUUGCUUAUAAUCAGAGCAAUCUCUGACGCAUCUGACGACCCAACCACGUUUAAGAACGCACUUGAUAAUGCUCUUCCGUUUGCCGUGGAUUUCAGAAAGCUACAAGCGCUUCUCCAUCCCGACAAAUAUCACGGAGAGGAAAAGAUUCAAGCUCAAAAGGCUUUCCAAAAGCUAUUAUCAUUUCGCGAAAAGUCUGGAGGUCUUCUCCCGGGCGAGGCCGAUAGGCAUACUAAUUUCUAUUACGGGAAUGAUGCGAGCCGCCCAGUAGAACAUGUUGAAGGCCGGCUAUCCUCGUACCACAAAGAUGCGCAUGAGCGAGCAACCCCGCAUCUCAAAGUGCUUUUUUCUGCAUUAGAAAAAAAUACAAGACUGAAUCCUCAGGCGAACUUGGAAGGCCUAGACGAAAAGGCCAAGGCCGCUGUUGCCGCGCUUGACAGCAUCAACGCCGAGAUGAGGGUUGGAAACGAACGAAUGAAGAAAGACCCUGAUCUCGGGACGAUCCGGUACCCUGAUUUAUUUGGGCGCUGGAGAGUAUUUUUCCUGCAACCGGAGCUGAUACCUACGCAAAGCGCUGCGAAUUUACAAUGGUGUGAGAAAUUUCAUUAUCCAAAUGAAUGGGCCAAUUUCGGCGCAUCGGAGUCUUCUGCCAAUUCGUCUGCCAAUUCGCAGCCGCAGGCUGGCGCAGACAUACCAGGAAACAGUAUUCAGCUUUGGAAUUCUACUGGUGGACAGACGCGUACAAUCGCUAUCGUACCAAGAAAGACAACGCGCUCUAUAAAUCCCGGCUACACAUCAAGCGGUGAAACGAUACGCAUGAUUCAAUGGCUUGGCAAAAUAAGUGCCCGCUUUGUGGUGGAAGGUGCGCAGUAG